GCCGACUGAAAUAUGUUUCAUAUCCCCCCGUUAAGAGAAAACUGAAAAAGCUGCUCACUGUUGGGACCUAACCGUCAGACUCAACUCAUCAGAAACUGUUUCUUCAAACACUCAAGACAGAAUCUCUUUCUCCAUCUCUAUCUCUCACGCACAACCCACACCAAACCAUCCAUAAAACCCCACCUAGCUUCAUGCCCACUUAGGCCUUGGACCUCCCAGUGAAAGAAGUUCCUUCGUUCCUUCCUUCUCUCUUCUCUCUUCUCACUUCCACAACACGAAGGCAAGACACCACAAAACAGCCGAAGAAAAAAAAAAACCCAAAAAGAAAAUGCCUUCUGCAGAUAGCAGUGAACGGCGAGGGACAAAGGCAAACCAGGUGGGCUCUGGCGCCCCACCAUCAGAGCCCGAACAACUCCAGUGCCCACGCUGCGAGUCCACCAACACCAAGUUCUGCUACUACAACAACUACAACUUCUCUCAGCCUCGCCAUUUCUGCAAGUCCUGCCGCCGCUACUGGACCCACGGUGGCACCCUCCGUGACAUCCCAGUUGGCGGUGGCAGCCGCAAGAAUGCUAAACGUUCGCGCACCGUUGCCUCCGCUGCUGCCUCCUCCGCUUUCUCUUUCUCCUCCAGCACUUCCACCUACGAGCACCGCCACACGCAGGCCACCACGUCACAGCUCCUGACUCCGCUCGGCGUUGAUCAUGGCGGUGCCGUACCGUUGAUCAGCGAUGCUAAGAGCGGGGUGAACGCGUGCGGAAGUUUUACUUCGCUGUUGAACACCCAAGGGCCUGGGUUCUUCGCGCUCGGCGGGUUUGGGGUUGGGCUGGGAGCCGGGGUUGAGGACAUGGGCUUUGGGCUUGCGAGGGCCGUAUGGCCCUUCCCCGGACUCGGGGUGGGAGAGGGUGGCCCUACUGGCGUUGGCGGACCAAGUGUGCUAGGGAACACGUGGCAACUUCAGAGUGGAGAGGCUGGGAUUGUCGGUGGGGACUGUUUUACUUUGUCUGAUGUGGCUAUUUCCACGGCAGGCCAUGGCAUGAAACGAGAUGUGUUCUGAGUUCUCUGUGCGCGCUUGGGAUUUUCCUUCUUGCUGCUCGGUCGGCGAUUAUGGUAACAGUCAUAUUUUGGCGAUGAAGCCUUUUGGAAGCUCGUUCAUUAGAUGAAGAGAUUAGAAAAUGAAUAUGGUCGAAAAGCACAGCAUGGGUGGACAUUUGAUCUUGCAAGUUCAGAUUAGUAUCAGUUUUUAGGACUCUACAAAAAGACGGAAAAAAAAAAUCAUGUAAUUGUCGGAGCUUGGCUGACUGAUUUAAGGAAGUUCUUCUGCUAAACUUUCUGAAGUUAAGUUUCCGCAAUUGUUCUUUGUAAAAUGGCUUAGACAGUAGUGUUAAUCUUCCACAAUUCCGAUAUCUUUGCAAAA